AUGUCACAGGACUGUGUGGGACAACUUGAUGGUGGUCUGGCACUGACAGGUGGUCGGAAUGCAAGGGUGACGGUGUCACUGGGUCACUAUGCCACAUAUGGGCAUGUCCGCCUCAACGCUCCACAAACUACAGUCCGUGAAACUGAAGAGCCCGACCCUCACACGUUAGAGUUCACCCCUCCCACACGAGAGCCCGACCCUCACACGUUAGAGUUCACCCCUCCCACAGGAGAGCCCGACCCUCACACAUUAGAGUUCACACCUCCCACUCGAGAGCCCGACCCUCACACGAGAGCCCGACCCUCACACGUUACUGUUCACCCCUCCCACUCGAGAGCCCGACCCUCACAACUACAGCUAGACCCUCACACAUUAGAGUUCACCCCUCCCACAGGAGAGCCCGACCCUAACACAUUAGAGUUCACACCGCCCACACGAGAGCCCGGCCCUCACACACUACAGCUAGACCCUCACACGUUAGAGUUCACACCUCCCACACGAGAGCCCGACCCUCACACACUGAAGCCCGACCCUCACACAUUAGAGUUCACACCUCCCACACGAGAGCCCGGCCCUCACACACUGAAGCCCGACCCUCACACAUUAGAGUUCACACCUCCCACAGGAGAGCCCGACCCUCACACGUUAGAGUUCACACCUCCCACACGAGAGCCCGGCCCUCACACACUGAAGCCCGACCCUCACACAUUAGAGUUCACACCUCCCACACGAGAGCCCGACCCUCACAACUACAGCUAG